AUGGAUGAGGAAGAGGAGGAGGAGGAAGAUGAGGACACUAGUACAGUGGAGCCUCAGCUUAACGGCGUAACGGAGAAGUCUAACGGGAGCGGUAACGGACGUUCCUCUCAGAUCCUCUAUGUGAUAACAUCCAGUCCCGGUAAACCGGACCACAACAUGCCAGGUCAGUGGGCCGGACCCAACAGGACCAACGGACACACCUCUAGUAUGUAGAUACCAAUAUCCUACCUACUUAACUAUCCUAUCUACCUCUAGUAUGUAGAGACCAAGAUUGUUGUUUUCUAUCUCUCAGUUACCAACAUCCUAUCUUUCUACUUCUCUGGGGUUUCUAAUAUGGCUUUCUACUACGACUCACCUCUAUUGAUACCGACAUGUCUACGUCCUAUCUCUCCAUCUCUCAGUUACUACUUGUUUGUUUUUUUGUACCUUUGGUACUGUUUUUUUUAACCUUUCUGGGGUUUCCCUUAUGUGUAACCAACAUCGUACCUUUCUGGGGUUUCUCUUAUGUGUAACCAACAUCGUACCUUCCUGCAUCUGCAUGCUGUUUUCGAUUGUUCAAAAACGGUAUGUUUUACAAAAAAGGUGUGAGACCUGUUUGGUUAUAGGGAUAUACAGUGGGGGAAAAAAGUAUUUAGUCAGCCACCAAUUGUGCAAGUUCUCCCACUUAAAAAGAUGAGAGAGGCCUGUAAUUUUCAUCAUAGGUACACGUCAACUAUGACAGCCAAAAUGAGAAAAAAAAUCCAGAAAAUCACAUUGUAGGAUUUUUAAUGCAUUUAUUUGCAAAUUAUGGUGGAAAAUAAGUAUUUGGUCAAUAACAAAAGUUUCUCAAUACUUUGUUAUAUACCCUUUGUUGGCAAUGACACAGGUCAAACGUUUUCUGUAAAUCUUCACAAGGUUUUCACACACUGUUGCUGGUAUUUUGGCCCAUUCCUCCAUGCAGAUCUCCUCUAGAGCAGUGAUGUUUUGGGGCUAUCGCUGGGCAACACGGACUUUCAACUCCCUCCAAAGAUUUUCUAUGGGGUUGAGAUCUGGAGACUGGCUAGGCCCCUCCAGGACCUUGAAGUGCUUCUUACGAAGCCACUCCUUCGUUGCCCGGGCGGUGUGUUUGGGAUCAUUGUCAUGCUGAAAGACCCAGCCACGUUUCAUCUUCAAUGCCCUUGCUGAUGGAAGGAGGUUUUCACUCAAAAUCUCACGAUACAUGGCCCCAUUCAUUCUUUCCUUUACACGGAUCAGUCGUCCUGGUCCCUUUGCAGAAAAACAGCCCCAAAGCAUGAUGUUUCCACCCCCAUGCUUCACAGUAGGUAUGGUGUUCUUUGGAUGCAACUCAGCAUUCUUUGUCCUCCAAACACGACGAGUUGAGUUUUUACCAAAAAGUUCUAUUUUGGUUUCAUCUGACCAUAUGACAUUCUCCCAAUCCUCUUCUGGAUCAUCCAAAUGCACUCUAGCAAACUUCAGACGGGCCUGGACAUGUACUGGCUUAAGCAGGGGGACACGUCUGGCACUGCAGGAUUUGAGUUCCUGGCGGCGUAGUGUGUUACUGAUGGUAGGCUUUGUUACUUUGGUCCCAGCUCUCUGCAGGUCAUUCACUAGGUCCCCCCGUGUGGUUCUGGGAUUUUUGCUCACCGUUCUUGUGAUCAUUUUGACCCCACGGGGUGAGAUCUUGCGUGGAGCCCCAGAUCGAGGGAGAUUAUCAGUGGUCUUGUAUGUCUUCCAUUUCCUAAUAAUUGCUCCCACAGUUGAUUUCUUCAAACCAAGCUGCUUACCUAUUGCAGAUUCAGUCUUCCCAGCCUGGUGCAGGUCUACAAUUUUGUUUCUGGUGUCCUUUGACAGCUCUUUGGUCUUGGCCAUAGUGGAGUUUGGAGUGUGACUGUUUGAGGUUGUGGACAGGUGUCUUUUAUACUGAUAACAAGUUCAAACAGGUGCCAUUAAUACAGGUAACGAGUGGAGGACAGAGGAGCCUCUUAAAGAAGAAGUUACAGGUCUGUGAGAGCCAGAAAUCUUGCUUGUUUGUAGGUGACCAAAUACUUAUUUUCCACCAUAAUUUGCAAAUAAAUUCAUUAAAAAUCCUACAAUGUGAUUUUCUGGAUUUUUUUUCUCUCAAUUUGUCUGUCAUAGUUGACGUGUACCUAUGAUGAAAAUUACAGGCCUCUCUCAUCUUUUUAAGUGGGAGAACUUCCACAAUUGGUGGCUGACUAAAUACCUUUUUCCCCCACUGUAUACUGAACAAAAAUAUAAACGCAACAUGCAACAAUUUCAAAGAAAUCAGUCAAUUUAAAUAAAUAAAUUAGGCCGCAAUCUAUGGAUUUCACAUGACUUGGCAAGGGCACAGCCAUGGGUGUGCCUGGGAGCGCAUACAGUAGGCCCACCCACUGAGGAGCCCAGCCAAUCAGAAUGAGUUUUUCCCCACAAAAGGGUUUUAUUACAGACAGAAAUACUCCCCCUCAGACGAUCCCGCAGGUGAAGAAGCCUGAUGUGGAGGUCCUGGGCUGACGUGGUUACACGUGGUCUGCAGUUGUGAGGCCGGGUGGACGUACUGCCAAAUUCUCUAAAACGAUGUUGGAGGCAGCUUAUGGUAGAGAUAUGAACAUUAAAUGAUCUGGCAACAGCUCUGGUGGACAUUCCUACAGUCAGCAUGCCAAUUAAACGCUCCCUCAAAACUUGAGACAUCUGUAGUAUUGUGUUGUGUGACAAAACUGCAAAUUUUAGAGUGGCCUUUAAGGUGCACCUGUGUAAUGAUCAUGCUGUUAAAUCAGCUUCUUGAUAUGCCACACCUAUCAGGUGGAUGGAUUAUCUUGGCAAAGGAGAAAUGCUCACUAACAGGGAUGUAAACAAAUUUGAGCUCAACAUUUGAGAAAAAUAAGCUUUUUGUGCAUAUGGAAAAUUUCUGGGAUCUUUUAUUUCAGCUCAUGAACAAUGGGACCAACACUUUACAUGUUGCGUUUAUAUUUUUGUUCAGUAUAUAUUAACAGAUGUGCAUCAAAAACGCAGGUACUCAUAUUUUACUGUCUGAAUCGGUUCUGUUAAAGGGCUUUAGGCUAACAUGUGCAGGUAGAUCAAGCCUUACACUGAGUAUACUCUUUCCAUGACAUAGACUGACCAGGUGAAUCCAGGUGAAAGCUAUGGUCCCUUAUUGAUGUCACCUGUUAAAUCCACUUCAUUCAGUGUAGAUGAAGGGGAGGAGACAGGUUAAAGAAUGAUUUUUAUACCUUGAGACAAUUGAGACAUGGAUUGUGUAUGUGUGCCAUUCAGAGGGUGAAUGGGUAAGACAAAAGAUUGAAGUGCCUUUGAACAAGGUAUGGUAGUAGGUGCCAGGCGCACCAGCUUGAGUGUGUCAAGAACUGCAACGCUGCUGGGUUUUUUACGCUCAAAUGUUUCCCGUGUGUAUCAAGAAUGGUCGGACACCCAAUGGACAUCCAGCCAACUUGACACAGCUGUGGGAAGCAUUGGAGUUAACAUGGGCCAGCAUCCCUGUGGAAUGCUUUCGACACCUUGUAGAGUUCAUACCCCGACGAAUUGAGGCUGUUCUAAGUGCAAAAGGGGGUGCAACUCAAUAUUACAAAGGUGUUCCUAAUGUUUUGUACACUCAGUGUAUAAUACUGUACAAAUAUGGUGUAGAUGUGCCAGACAGUUUUUAUUUUAUAGCCCCCUUUUAUCUCUUUCUGAUAAGGUGCCUCCAUGCCUGUCUGAGACUCUACUCAAGUGCAUAGGGUUCUUCUUCACUGGUAUGUUUCUUCUAAACUGUCUGAUUUCAAUUGUGUUUCUGUGUUGACAGUGUGGACCAUCUACGCUCUAGCUGCUCUCCUGACUCUGACAGUCAUAGCCAUGGUGGCUAAACUACUCCUGCAUAUUACAGUGAAGUAAGUAUUUCAUUUUCCGUUGUUUGCUGUAACUUAUGGACAGUAAAGUUGUAUUGUACUAAUGCCUCAAUAGUGUAACCGAAGUGUAGUUGAUUGCAUGUAAUGUCUUUUUAACGCUGUGAGAGCCCCAGCAGGUGGAAUAUAUAACCUAAUGUUACUAUUCUCUCUUGCUAUAUCUAUUUCUCUCUCUUCUCUCCCUCUCUCAAUCUUUUUUUCCAGAUCUCCCAACAUCCCAACCAUCAGUGGUUCAGAGAGCUGCAGCGGGCAGAGUGCUGCGUCCGAGCCCUGGAUCAUCUUCUACCGGCCCUCCACCAUCUCCCUCUUCAAGAAGAAGCUAAAGAACCACCACGGAGACCUCAGCCCUCUGGUGGGCAACUAG